CUCUUUAUCUUCAUCUUGUUCCUCUUGAGUAGAAAGCUCUUUGAGUCGAACCUCGUUUUUGCAGUCUAAAGAACUUUAUUUGUUUGCUACGAAAAAUAAUCAGCAAAGGAAGGAACUGAAUGUAGCAAGCUCUGUAAUUCUGGUCUCUGCAUGUUUCAUAACUAGAGAGUAUAGAUUCGGUCCAGUAGACAUACAAAACGGGGAUGUAGCUCAGAUGGUAGAGCGCUCGCUUAGCAUGCGAGAGGUACGGGGAUCGAUACCCCGCAUCUCCAUUUUUGAUUUUGGGAUUUACGAUUAAUCGAUCGAUCACGAUUGCUAGGGUUUGUUCUUCAACCUCUCUUCCUUCCUUUUAUGCCUUCACCUAAUUCAUAGUCUAUCUUUUGAUAACUGGCAAAUGAUUAUUGCUUAUUUUUUUAGUUGCCUUGUACUACUGAUGAGCUACAAACAACUUUUUGUACAAUCGCGGCCGCGUAAAAGCUUUCGCUAUUUCGGUCAGUACAGGUGUUUUGACACUGAAUGUGGUUGUCGCUUUGUGAAUUAAGCAUAAUUUGUUUUCGUUUAAGAUAAAAACGGUGAAUAACGGCCGUUUUUGCGAUUGCGGACCGUUCUUUAUAACCUAGAAAAAAAUACAGAAGUUGUUUCAAGCAUAGAGUUGAUGAUAAAAGUUUCUGUAACUUCUUUAAUUUUGAUGGUAGAUUGUAUGCUAACAAACUAUUAUUAGAUUCUUGUCUGAUUUAGAGAUUUGUUUUUUCUGAUAUGAUAAUUUGCAAAUAUUCUUAUAGUUUUCGAUUUCAAAAUUUACGUGUUCUUAUUAUUUUUAUAGUAAGAUUAGAUUACAAGCCUUACAUUUGAUUAUGGGUGUGGAUGGUUUACAACAUGAAAAAUACUGACUUGGAAGGUGAUAUUAUUAGUCAUUCUCACACGAUUUCAGUUUCGGUUUCUCCUAAACAUAGACAAGAUCAUUGCUAUUAAGACAGCAAAAAAUCCAGUAACUUCACUAACACUCAUAUCUGUUACUUCAGACCAUGGAUAUGACUUCUCUGAUUUGGUUGCUUCAAGAAGAAUCUCCAAUGGAAUCUUUGGUUUUGAUCUUUCCAUAGGAACCGUGUAAUGAUAGUACAUUUGAUUAGUUCACUUCAAACACAACAGAAUAUGAAAAUAUCAACAUCUUUUACUUUACAAUACCUCAUCAGCAUGCAUCUUUUUCACAAAGAUUUUGAGUAUAUCAAAAAUUUUCUUCUGGAAUAAUUCUUCUGUCAAACAUUGAUAUGGGACUCUUUCUGGAAUAGUAACACCGGUUCUGCCACUCCAAGGUAAUUGUAUUUUAACCCUUCCUCAAUACUCACAAACUUUGUUUCUUUUGUUUUCUAUUCUCUAUUUCAAUCAACGAGCAUGUUUAAAUUUACGUCUUUUUGUGAAAAUUAGUGCCUGCCUUUUAUGUCAAUGUUGUUCUAAUAUCAUUGUGAGAGAAUUUGUGAAUUUCAAAGAGUUUGAUUAAUUUGGUUAAUUUGGAGUGUGAAUGAAAGAGUUUGACAUUUUGUUGGACAUGAAAUGUGAAUGUGAUUAGUUUUCGUGGAAGAUCCAUGAACCUGUGAUGAAUGUAAAAUAUGUUAUUAGUUCUUACAAAAUCAUGAACCUUUUAAGUUUAACUGCGUUAAUCACGAACCUUUCAAGUUUAGUGUUUAUAUAAAUUUUAUCAGUCUUUUCUUUGGUCUUCACUUUCUAUAAAUUCAUGCUACUUUAAGUCUCUCUACAGAAACUAAAAGGACUAUUUCUUUUUUUUGUUUGUAAAUUGUGGGAAGUAGAUGUAUAUGAUUUUAUCCGGUUGAGAGGGAAGAACCCACUUCGUAGUUUGUACAUGUAUAUUGGUUAUAAAAAAAAGUGGAUAACUGACUAAACCUAAAAACAGAUGUUUAUAAAGACAAAAUGUAUGUGUCCCAAUGUGAUGAACCUGGAUGUGUCCCUGCAUGAACUAUGAAGGUUCAUAUAUGCAUAAACAAGACCGUGGAAUCUUCUUUAGAACCAGCUCCUGUCUAGUUCUUAAUCUCUUCUCUGUUUCUAACCACGUGUACUGCUAUGUAUUGGAGUUUCAUGUUUAUUCUAGUGAUUCAGUACCAUGGAUAAGUUUGUGUCAUUGAUUGCUUUGACUUGUGUUUACUUAUUGCUUAUCAGUAGCUUCCAUUAUAGAGUCAAGCUGAGAGUUUUAUGAUUGAUAUUUUGUGGGCAGUUCUGGCAAUGACAGAGGAAGGGCUUUUGAUACAAGAAAUGACAGAGAAAGAACAAAAGGGCGUGAUGGCGGCGGUGCGACUGCGAGUGGCUCGGGAAAGGAUAAAAUUGAUGCUCUUGGUAGGCUUCUGUAAGCACCACUUGGCCCUCUAAUAGUUUUUUAAUGCAAGUUUCAUUUGUCCUUGCUCUUUUGUUUGGAUAAUAAAGUGGAUACUCUCAUUCCAUUCAUGUGUGGAAACUGGAAAGAAGUUUGUCGAUCUGUCAUGCUUUUGAUUAAGGAAGGAAGCAUUUUUAAAGGAUAUCUUUUGUAACUGAAAUGAUACUCUCACUGUGAGAAUAUCCCUACUGAGUUGAGAAUUGCUCUCACUUCUCGGUCCGAAUUUCUAUUUCAUAAAACCAACCCCUUUUCCCUCCUCCUCAAUUCUACUAUAUUCACAUUCUCUUCCCUAAUUCGCUCAAUCCCCACCAGUCCUAACUGCCACUUAUCAAGUUAGUUGCAUUUCCUCUUGUCAAGUUGGUUAGAAGUUAGUUAGGCUAGCUAACCACUUGUCAAGUUACUUAGAAGUUAAUAGGCUGUCGCCUCUUUUCUUUCUUUUCCUUUCUACCCUUCCUUCUAUACACAUUUUGGAGGCUUAUCUUACUCCUGUAUUUUCAAAGGACCUCUAUAGCUUGAAUGCUGUUUCCUUCUUCAAUAUUUGUUUAUCUAGUUACUAAUAUGAACUCUUAACUGUAAUGUUAAUUUCAUAUACUUUGCUGAAAAAAAAACAUUUUAUCCUAAAGUAUCUCAUGGUUAUCCUCAAGCUGUUCGAAAAGAUAAUAAGCAACAUUUCAGCCUCAUAGAAGAGAACAUGGAGCUACUAAUACGUGCAAACCAAGGUCACACAACAACGCUUUAAUAGCUUCUUUCUUUGCUUCCACAACUACAAGGAUGUUAGGACGCAAGGCCUCAAUGUUUACGGGUGGCUUGUUUUUUCUUACUGGUGCAUUGCUUAAUGGUUUUGCUGUCAAUAUAGAAAUGCUUAUCAUUGGUCGUAUAUUACUUGGCUUUGGUGUAGGAUAUUGUAAUCAGUCCGUUCCAGUGUAUUUGUCUGAAAUGGCUCCAGCAAAGAUUAGAGGUGCACUCAACAUGGGCUUCCAAAUGAUGAUCACUAUUGGAAUCCUAGGGGCAAACAUUAUUAACUACUUUACUUCCAAUCUUGAGAGUGGAUGGAGAAUUUCUUUGGGUGUCGGAGCUGUCCCUGCAAUUUUGUUGUGUAUAGGAUCUUUUUUCUUAGGUGACACACCAAACUCUAUGAUUGAAAGGGGUCAAAAAGAAGGAGCUAAGAAAAUGUUGCAAAAGAUUCGUGGCAUUGAUAAUGUCGAUGAAGAAUUCCAAGAUCUAAUUGAUGCUAGUGAGGAAGCCAAAAAGGUGGAACAUCCAUGGAAGAAUAUUACACAAUCGAGAUACAGACCUCAACUAACAUUUUGUUCUCUCAUUCCAUUCUUUCAACAACUCACAGGCAUCAAUGUUAUCAUGUUUUAUGCCCCUGUCCUUUUCAAAACUUUGGGCUUUGGAAGCGAUGCUUCCCUCAUGUCCGCAGUAAUUAGCGGAGGUGUCAAUGUUGUUGCUACUUUUGUUUCCAUCUUCAUUGUGGACAAGUUUGGAAGAAAGAUUUUGUUUCUUCAAGGUGGUGUCCAAAUGUUUAUUUGUCAGAUUGUUGUUGGAAGCAUGAUUGCUGCUAAGUUUGGAGUUAACGGUGAAGGCUCAAUUAAAGCUUAUGAAGCUAAUCGUCUUCUGUUCUUCAUAUGCGCGUAUGUUGCCGCAUUUGCAUGGUCUUGGGGUCCAUUGGGAUGGUUAGUUCCAAGUGAAAUAUGCUCUCUUGAGGUUCGCUCUGCAGGUCAGGCUACCAAUGUUGCUGUGAACAUGUUGUUCACCUUUGUCAUUGCUCAAGUUUUUCUAGCUAUGCUUUGUCACUUGAAGUUUGGACUUUUCUUCUUCUUUGCUGGCUUUGUGCUUAUAAUGACAGUUUUCAUUUUCCUGUUUUUUCCCGAGACAAAUAAUGUCCCAAUUGAAGAAAUGAAUACAGUGUGGAAGUCUCAUUGGUUUUGGACCAAGUUUGUUUCAGAUGUUGAUGUUGAUGUUGAUCAUGACCAUAAGCUCGUUGCUUAAUUUCAAUAUUAGAAAAAUCUCGGGGCCUAGACAGUAUAUAUAAUAAUUUCAGCUAAUUC